AUAUUCACCCUUCCUUAUUCUCAAAUGUUGCCAUUUUCCCUCCCCUCUAUGAAUUGAAACGUCGUUGAAACGGUCUGCUUUUCUCCAAAUUUUGCUCAUCCUCCUCCCUCUUUGCGAAACUAGGGUUUAUUGAAUCACAUGUCGUGGGAGGAGGAGAUUGUGUUGCGCGAUGUGUCUAAUGCGGGCAUUGUCGUUGGCGACCGCAUUGGUCGGGAACUCGUGGCGCAGCCGGACCUUGAGGAUGCUCUUGAAGCUUCGAGAUACGCCAGUCACCCGUACUCUACUCAUCCCAGGGAGGUAGGUUGGGUGUUUACAGUCAUGAACCCAAUAGAUGAUAUAAGUCAUAUGACAUCCUAAGAUUAAAGACCUCACCACUUAUCAAAACGCCAAAGAAACAAAGUAUUAUCCACAGAUGCCCAAGCCCUGCGUAUCUCUGGAAAUAUUCCGCAUAGAGCAGUUCCCUCUCCACCAGCUGCAUUGUAUCUUUCAAUAAGCACAGGAGGCAAUUCCCAAGAAUCUUCCACCUCAACUAAAGGAGGCCACUGCAUUGGAAUAUAAACCACAUAUUAAU